UACCUGCCUAGUUGAGAGCCUCGAAAGAUUUACCGACAAAUGAACGGUACACAAACAAGUUCAUGAUGAAAGAUCCAUGGAAACUCUGCAGAAUAUCUGGAUAUUGAAUGUCUUCAUGUUCCGACUUUUCCCAGCGAGUGAUAAUUGGUGACAUUCAAGUUGCUCGGGGAAAGAGAGCCUUCCGGGUUUUCUGCCGCCCAAUUACCUAUCCCAAUCAUAUGGUAUCGUUUUCUGCUUUUUGCUGCCUCCUGCGCUGCCUCCUGCGCUGCCAUCAACCGUUGACAAGUCAUCUUCGUCAGUGAUGAGAUGCCCCGGGUUCUUCCGAAGUAGUACCAACCCCAAUCCGACAUAUGUUUGCUCCCUUCCUUUUCUUCCUUACAAACGAGUUCGGGUUCAGGCACAGUCUUCUCAACUCGAGAAGAAACCCUCAUUGCGCGCCAUGGACAAGCCUUCAGCUUCCGGGUAUGGGACGGCUGUAGUCUUAAACUUACCUGGUGCGGCCGAAAUUAAGGCAAGGCCUUACCAGAGGGAGAUGAUGGAAGAGAGCCUGGAGAGAAACAUUAUUGUUGCGGUAAGUAUCCAUUCCACUAUUUGCAUUUAAGUCAAUCGAGAAGCGUUGGAAGCUGACGGUCGUGGUCACAGAUGGAUACUGGCAGUGGGAAAACACAUGUGUAAUUAUAAAUUUUCUACUUUUAAAUACAUGUCUUCAGAGAACUUACCCAGUUGAUUCACGUCCGACCAAGACUUUGGAUCUCGGCGGGCAAUUCAAGUCCAAAUACACUCUUUUUUCCACCCACAUUGCCCCUAUUCAUGUACUCACUUAGUUGAUCUUUGUUAAUCUUCCUCAUAGGGCAAUCAUGAGAAUGAUCCAUGAGCUUGAGCGAAUGCCUUCUCACCAGGUAUGCAAUCCAGCUUAUGCAAUUUGUCGUACUAACAACGUUCCAAGAUCAUCUGGUUUUUGGCUCCGACUGUAUCACUCUGCGAGCAGCAACACCAAGUCAUCAAAUCGCAAAUUAGUGCAGUAAAUACCAAACUUCUCAGCGGAGCAGAUGGUGUUGAUCGUUGGACUGAAAAGGUCCUGUGGGAUGCUGUACUGCUGAAUAUCAAAAUUGUCGUUUCAACGUACCAAAUACUACUUGAUGCACUAACACAUGGUUUUGUUGAGAUGAAUUCGUUGCGCUUGAUUAUUUUUGAUGAGGGCAAGUCCAUUCCCUCUCUCGAAGUCUUUCACUGACAUCUACAGCUCAUAAUUGUGUUGGAAAACAUCCUGGUUCUAGAAUCAUGCAAAUGUUCUACCACACACGAAAAGCUGAAAGCAAAGAUAUUCCUUAUAUUCUGGGUCUGACAGCCAGUCCUGUAAUGAGACCCGACCCCAAGUCUGUUGAGAAUAUCGAAAAGACACUGGAUGCAAUAUGCAGGACACCUAAACAUCAUCGGUCAGACUUGAUACAACAUGUCAAACGUCCAGAAUUGAUCGAAGUACGAUUCCAUGGCCAGUCUACAGGAGAAGAACUCCUUGGAUCUUCUCAAUCCGUUGACAGCCUUGGAAAAGCAUUCGGAAAUCUCGAUCUCAAUGAAGAUCCUGAGGUAGUCAGGUUGCAAAAGGACGAUUCAGAGAAAGCACAACGAAAGUUGGCCAAGAUCUACCUAAAGCAUAAAACUUGGUGUUCGUCUCAAAUGAAGGCGUUCUACCAAACAUCUUUAAAAGUCUAUGAAGAAUUGGGUACUUCAUCAGCUGAUUAUUACGUAUCAGAAAUAGUCCGUCAAUUUGGAACCUCCAAUGCCGAGGGUGGGGAGUCUUGGGAUUACGAUUGGGACGUUACGGCAUCUGAGAAACGUCACAUUUCGAAGAUUCUUGCAGAAGUUAAGAUCACAUAUCAAUCGCUAGACAUAUCCUCGUCCACUGCCCCGUCGAUAUCCGAUAAAGUCCGAAAACUGAUUGAUGUCUUACUACAAGAAGAUUCUUCCUUUCGUGGAAUUGUGUUUGUUCAAGAAAGAGCUGUAGUAUCUGUUCUUGCGCAUCUUUUAUCUAUUCAUCCGGAAACACGAGACCGAAUUCAGAUAGGAACAAUGGUUGGCACAUCAAAUCACUUCAAAAGGAAACGUGACAUUGCAGAGUUCAUGGGAUUUGACUCCAAGAAUGAUACGCUCACUGAUUUCAGAAUGGGAAAGCUCAAUCUAGUCAUCGCGACAAGUGUUCUUGAGGAAGGGAUUGACGUCCCGGAAUGCAAUCUCGUGAUAUGCUUUCAAAAGCCCGCCAAUAUCAAAUCUUUCGUACAAAGAAGAGGACGAGCUCGCAAAGAGAAUUCAAAACUCAUUCUCCUCCUAGAACACGAAGCCUCGGACAAGAAAAAGAGUGCUACUGAAUGGCACCAAUUAGAGCAAAAAAUGAGAGAGGUCUAUGAGAACGAUAUGCGUUUACUUCAAGAGUACCGAGUCAUUGAGGAUUCUGAGGAUCAUGAUGGGCGCACCUUUCGUGUGGAGAAAACGGGCGCAGUGCUGAAUCUGGAUAAUGCGGUCUCUCAUUUACACCACUUCUGUGCAACAUUACCUGCCAAUCAAUAUCUUGACCGAAGACCAGAAUUCAUCUGCGAAGAUACUGGGACGGGGUCAAAAUCCAUUCGUGCGAGAGCCAUUUUGCCGCUAUCAGUUGAUGUUUCUGUGCGUUUUGCAGAUAGUCGAAAUUCUUGGAAAAGCGAGAAGAAUGCCAUCAAGGAUGUUGCUUUUGAGGCGUAUGUUGCUCUUUACCAUAAAGGUCUUGUCAAUGACAGUCUCUUGCCACUUUUCAGACAUGGCUUGGAUGUCGGUGAUCUUUUGACAACCCGAGUCGAAACUCGAGCUUCUAUGGUACCUGUUGACGCGCAAAUCAACCCAUGGGUGGAUGUUGCUAGAUCGUGGAAGGCUGGAGCUCAAGUCAAUUUUGCAAGCUUAAAUCUAUCAACGGCGGGAUGUGAUACGCUUCAGGUACAGCUUUGCAGUCCAGCUUCUCUUCUUUCCGUGGACGAAUUCAAGUUGUAUUGGGAUAACGCUACGGAGUUCACGGUGAAAGUUCACGAUACCACAUUUAACGGCGAUACGCAACGAGCAGAGAACGAAACCUGGGCACUUCUUAAUGCAGCAUUUGGGCACCGAUUUCUGAUUGAGAAGAAACAGUCACCAUUGCUGUUUUCAACAAUGGAUGCGACUAGCCUGGACCAAUACACAAGUAAUAAGACCAGAGCCACAAACUAUGAUCUCCCUCUGGAUCGCACAACAUGCGGACUCAUCUCAGACGUCUUGAACCCAAAUAUCAAAUACGCAUUCAAGUCGUACUUACCAACAAAGCCGCCAAUAGAUGAAAUCCAGCAUCCAUAUCCAGAAUAUGAAGACGCUCCUGACGAGCCCCACAUCUCAGUUACUCGUCUUCCCAAAACUUCCCAUAGAGCACUCAGUUUCCUUCGAAAAGGAGACGGAGAAGUCUCCAGGAAACCACACUCUUCAGUAAUACCCGCGUCUCGUUGUCUCGUAGAAGCCAUACCAUUCCACUACAUCCAACUAGGCCUCUUCAUCCCCUCAAUCAUGCACAAACUAUCUUUCUCUCUCGUCGCUCAAGAACUAUCCGCCACCCUCCUCGCACCAGUACAAAUUAAAGAUCUCUCGCUCGUAGUAACCGCCAUCUCAGCACCCGGUGCACUUGCAGCUCAAAAUUACGAACGCUUCGAAUUCCUUGGCGACUCGCUACUCAAACUGUGUACUUCCAUUCAACUCAUGGCCUCCUAUCCUCUCUGGCCUGAAGGCUAUCUCUCAGGGAAGAAGGAUAGAUUAGUAGCUAACUCGCGACUCUCUCGCGCCGCAAUUGAACUUGGGCUGUCGAAAUACAUCGUCACAGCCGCUGCAUCGGGACAACACUGGCGACCUCCUUAUGUAGAGGAUUUACUCGCUUCCUCUAACCCUAACAACCCAGAAGAAGCCAAGCGAGAAUUAAGUACAAAGGUCCUGGCAGAUUGUGUCGAAGCCCUGAUCGGAGCUUCAAUGCUAGACAGUGGUAUUCCCUCCGCAUUGAAAUGUAUGCAAGUCUUCCUGCCGGAACUCGUCUGGCACCCACUCCAAGAUCGCCGUCAAACAAUCUACGAUCUUGUUCCAGAAGCUGUCCUCCCAACUACUCUUCUCCCUUUGCAAUCUCUCCUCGGAUAUGAGUUCACAAAGCCCGCUCUACUAUGUGAGGCCGUAACACACGCCUCCUUCUCGACUCAGAACCCAACUACACCCAUCCACUCCCUCGAACGGCUAGAGUUCCUCGGUGACGCGAUCCUAGACCAUUUAUUAGUAGACUCAAUGUACUCAUCCAACCUGUCCCACUUCGAGAUGCACGAUCUGCAAAGCGUCAUGGUAAACGCGGAUUUCCUAGCCUGGUGUUGCAUGUCCCUCCAACACACCUCUCAAACCGCCACUCUCUCCCCCUCCCUAUCAUCCAUCUACCAACCAACCACCACCCCAUUAUGGAAAUUCCUCCGCUUCUCCGGUAUCGAAUUGAGUACCAGUAUGCACUCCACCUCCACACGAUACACCAUCCUACAUCCCGCCAUCUCAGCCGCCAUCGAGAGGGUGGAGAGAUACCCAUGGACACUCCUCGCGCGAAUGGGGGCAGGCAAGUUCUUCUCGGAUAUCAUCGAGUCGCUUCUCGGCGCUCUCUGGGUCGAUUCGGGGAGAAUGGAUGUAUGCAAGUCUUUCCUUGAGAAACUCGGCAUCCUGCCGUAUCUGCGGGGUAUUCUUAGCACCAGCCGACCUGAUGGGAAGGGAGGGGUGAAGAUAGGUACCAUGUUAAUGGGUCCUAAGACUGAACUGGGGGUUCUUGCGGGAAGUGAGAGGGUUGGGUAUCGAGUCUUUGAUCGUCAGCAGGGAGCUAGCGAGGAGUGUCGAGCUGGCGAGGAAGAGGAAACUCGAGAGGAAGACCCAACUCUAGAAAAAGACCGCACUGACGGGGAAAGUGGAGCUCUAGAUGAAUGUAUAGAAGAAGCAACAGAAACAUUCCACUACGAAGACGGCAUCUCAGGACCCUUCUCCUGCACUGUCACAGUAGGCUCCCACCCCAUCGCAACCUACCACGGCGCGCUCGACAGACGAGAAGCCCAGUUCGGUGCUGCGGACCUAGCCAUCUUCGUUUUGAAGAAGAAGAAGGAAAAGGAAAACGGGCAGACGAUGAUGGAGCAGCAGGAGGGAAAGAAGACGAGCUUGAGCUUGAGCUUGACGGGGGAUGGGAAGAUGGAUGGUGAUGUUGAUGUUGAGAUGGGCGAGGAUGGAAAUGGCAACGGAUCUCCUAUAGAGAAGUACACCACUUCGGGUAAGAGGAAGCGUGGGGAUACUAUUGUAGAGGGGUAAGUAAAAGGUGUGAAGUAGUUUGCGAGUUUGUUUGUCUGUCGAGUUUAGUUUCGUUGGAAAGGUUGUGUUUGUUGGCUAGCGAGUGAGUGAGUGACUGGUUUGGUAGUGAUAGUGAUAGUGAUAGUGAUAGUGAUAGUGAUAGUGAUAGUGAUAGUGAUAGUGAUAGUGAUAUUGUGUUACAACCUAUCAGUCCAGUAAAGCGUUAA